CCAGGCUGUUGCUCCUCCUGCUGCUGCUGCUGCCGCCGCCGUGAGGCGCGACUCUCGUGAGGGGACGGGGAAAAAAAAAAGAAAAAGAAAAGAAAAGCGGGGGAGGCUCCGCGGCGGCGGGACCGGCCCGCCAUGGAGUGACCGCCUCCCUCCACCCCCCCCCCCCCCCCCCCCCCCCCCCUUCCCCGGCCCGAGCUUUUUCCCCCGCCGCUCGGCUCUUCUUCCUUCCCUCAGCGCGGAGGGGGACCCAGAAAAGCGCUGACCCCGCUCGGCUGCCCUCCCUGCCGCCGCCGCCGCCGCCGCCGCCCCCCCGCGGCCCGGGCGGCCGGCGUGGGGGGGGAGAGCGAGCCAUGGCGGCGCGGGGCGCCUGGCGGCGGCGGCUGCUCCUCCUCGGCUCGCUGUGGGUCGCGCUGCUCGGCGGGCAGCGCCCCGGCGGCUCCUGCGCCGCCUCGCCGCCUCAGCAGCACCUCCCGCCCGCAGAGCCUACAGUGAGAACUUUUACUCCAUUUUAUUUCCUAGUAGAACCAGUGGACACUCUGUCAGUUAGAGCUUCUUCCGUUAUACUGAACUGUUCAGCAUAUUGUGAAUCACCUCCAAAAAUCGAAUGGAGAAAGGAUGGGACUUUCUUGAACUUGGUAUCAGAUGACCGCCGGCAAUUGCUACCAGAUGGAUCUUUGUUAAUCAACAGCAUUGUCCAUUCCAAGCACAAUAAACCUGAUGAAGGUCAUUACCAGUGUGUGGCAACCGUGGAGAGUCUUGGCACCAUCGUAAGCAGGACAGCUAAGCUUACAGUUGCAGGGCUUCCAAGAUUCAUUACUCAGCCAGAGUCGGCAUCUGUUCAUAGAGGAAACCCCAUAGUUCUUAACUGUGAAGUUAAUGCUGACCUCGCACCGUUCGUCAGGUGGGAGCUGGAUCAUCAGCCCCUCUUUCUGGACGAUCGUGUCCUCAAGUUGCCAAGCGGAACUUUAAUUGUCAGCAAUGCUACAGAUGAAGACGCUGGAACUUACUGUUGUGUUAUCGAAAUUGGGGGGCCUCCCAAAUACAGCGAUGAAGCAGAGAUCAAAGUCCUUCCAGAAUCCAACCUUUCUUCAGGUUUGCUCUUCCUGAAACAGCCCUUUUCCCUUACCAAAGUGACCGGGCAGAGUGCAGUUUUACCAUGUGUUGCUUCAGGCAUUCCUGUCCCUCCAAUCCGAUGGACACGAAAAGAAGAAGAGCUUGUUACUGAAAAUUCUCACAAAUUUCUGUUCCUGUCUGGGGGAACUCUGAAGAUAAAUGAUAUCACCGAAGAUGAUUCAGGAACAUAUACUUGCAUCGCAGAUAAUGGGAAUGAAACUAUAGAAGCCCGAGCUGAUCUUACUGUGCAGGUGCCUCCCACGUUUCUGAAGCAGCCUGCUAAUAUUUAUGCACACGAAUCCAUGGAUAUUGUAUUUGAAUGCGACGUGAGCGGAAAGCCAACUCCAACGGUCAAGUGGGUAAAGAACGGAGAUGUGGUCAUCCCUAGUGACUACUUUAAAAUUGUAAAUGAGCACAACCUACAAGUUUUGGGUUUGGUGAAAUCAGACGAAGGCUUUUAUCAGUGUAUUGCGGAAAAUGAUGUGGGAAAUAUACAGUCUGGAGCCCAGCUGAUAAUACUGGAUCAUGAUGUUGCCAUCCCAACAUUACCUCCCACUUCACUGACCAGUGCCACUACUGACCAUCUAGCACCAGCUACAACUGGACCUUUGCCUUCUGCCCCUCGAGAUGUGGUGGCGUCUCUUGUAUCUACUCGCUUCAUCAAGCUAACAUGGAGGACCCCUGCGUCUGACCCACAGGGAGACAAUCUUACCUACUCAGUGUUCUACACCAAGGAAUUGAGUAACAGGGAGCGUGUUGAAAACACAAGUCAUCCUGGAGAAAUGCAAGUGACAAUCCAAAACCUGAUGCCCGAAGCAGUAUAUAUUUUCAGGGUGGUGGCCCAAAACAAACAUGGACCUGGGGAGAGUUCAGUACCAUUGAAAGUAGCCACACAGCCUGAAGUUCAGCUUCCAGGUCCAGCCCCCAACAUUCGUGCCUAUGCCAUCUCUCCCACAUCAAUAACGGUUACUUGGGGUACGCCCUUAUCGGGCAAUGGCGAGAUCCAGAACUACAAACUGUAUUACACGGAGAAGGGAAUGGAGAACGAACAGGACAUUGAUGUUGGAGGUCUUUCCUAUACAGUAAUUGGUUUGAAAAAAUAUACAGAGUAUAGCUUCAGAGUUGUGGCCUACAAUAAACAUGGUCCAGGAGUCUCUACUCAAGACGUUGUCAUUCGUACACUGUCAGAUGUUCCCAGUGCUGCACCCCAGAAUCUAACACUAGAAGUGCAAAACUCCAAGAGCAUUGUGAUGCAUUGGCAGCCGCCUCCCACAGGAACACAUAAUGGGCAAAUUACUGGCUAUAAGAUUCGAUACCGAAAAGUGAUUCGCAAAAGUGAUGUCACUGAAAUCAUUGUGGGUCCACAACUUUCACAGCUCAUUGAAGGUUUGGAACGAGGGACCGAGUACAGCUUCCGAGUGGCUGCUUUAACAAUCAAUGGCACAGGAAUAGCUACGGACUGGAUAUCAGCAGAAACAUUUGAGAGUGACCUUGAUGAAACUCGUGUUCCAGAAGUGCCAAGUUCAUUGCACGUCCGUCCACUUGUAACCAGUAUUGUUGUCAGCUGGACCCCACCGGAAAACCAGAACAUUGUGGUCAGAGGUUAUGCCAUAGGGUAUGGCGUAGGCAGUCCCCACGCUCAGACCAUCAAGGUGGAUUAUAAGCAACGAUACUACACUAUUGAAAAUUUGGAUCCCAGUUCCCAUUAUGUUAUAACUUUGAAAGCAUAUAACAACGUUGGUGAAGGGAUCCCUCUUUAUGAGAGUGCAGUGACAAGAGCCUAUACAGUGCCAGACCCCUCCCCCAUGAUGCCACCUGUGGGCGUUCAGGCUUCCAUCCUGACCCAUGACACCAUUCGUAUCACCUGGGCAGACAACUCUCUGCCGAAGAACCAGAAGGUUUCAGAUGCCCGUUACUACACAGUCCGCUGGAAAACCAACAUUCCUGCAAACACAAAGUACAAGACAGCAAAUACAACUACCUUAAGCUUCUUGGUCACUGGUUUAAAACCAAACACGUUGUAUGAGUUCUCUGUCAUGGUGACAAAAGGCCGAAGAUCAAGCACCUGGAGCAUGACAGCACAUGGCACUACUUUUGAGCAAGUUCCAACUUCUCCACCAAAAGAUGUAACAGUGGUCAGCAAAGAAGGAAAGCCCAGAACUAUAAUUGUCAACUGGCAACCUCCAUCUGAAGCCAAUGGCAAAAUUACAGGAUACAUAAUUUACUAUAACACCGACGUCAAUGCUGAAAUACACGACUGGGUCAUUGAACCUGUAGUAGGCAAUAGGCUGACCCACCAGAUUCAGGAGCUGACCCUUGACACAGCGUAUUAUUUCAAGAUCCAAGCCCGGAACUCCAAAGGCAUGGGCCCCAUGUCAGAGGCCGUACAGUUCAGGACACCGAAAGCAUUGGGGUCUACAGGAAAAGGAAAUCGACCAUUGGAUGUUGGAACAGAUUAUAAAACACCCCUCAGUGGAAGCAACAGCCCUCACGGCAGCCCCUCCCCACUAGAAUACAAUAUGCUCCUGAUCAUAAUUGUGUCUGUGGGAGUGAUCACCAUUGUGGUUGUAGUGAUUGUUGCUGUAUUUUGCACUCGAAGGACCACCUCUCACCAGAAGAAAAAACGAGCUGCUUGUAAAUCCGUGAACGGGUCUCAUAAAUACAAAGGCAAUUCCAAGGACGUCAAGCCACCGGAUCUUUGGAUCCAUCACGAGAGGCUGGAGCUGAAGCCUAUUGACAAAUCUCCAGAUCCCAAUCCAAUCAUGACUGACACCCCGAUCCCUCGUAAUUCCCAAGACAUCACCCCUGUUGACAAUUCCAUGGACAGCAAUAUCCAUCAGAGGCGAAACUCCUACAGAGGGCACGAGUCCGAGGACAGCAUGUCCACCCUGGCAGGAAGAAGGGGGAUGCGACCAAAGAUGACAAUGCCGUUUGAUUCUCAGCCUCCUCAACCUGUGGUUAGUGCUCAUCCCAUCCAUUCCCUUGAUAACCCUCACCAUCAUUUCCACUCCGGCAACCUCGCUUCUCCAACCUGCAACUAUCUCCAUCAUCAGGCAAACCUAUGGCCAGUUGGCACAUCUGUGUCCCAUUCAGACAGGGCUAAUUCCACAGAAUCUGUUCGAAACACACCUAGCACCGAUACCAUGCCAGCGUCUUUGUCUCAGACAUGUUGUGCCGAUCACCAAGAGCCAGAAAGUGCUUCAGCAUCCUACCUGCCCAGUACCCAGGAAGAGGAGACAAGCCAGAACCUGCCCACUGCCCACGUCCGUCCCUCUCAUCCUCUGAAGAGCUUCGCUGUGCCAGCCGUCCCGCCCGCUGGCAGCACUUACGACCCUGCCUUGCCAAGCACACCUUUAUUAUCACAGCAAGCUUCUAGCCAUCCCGUUCAUUCAGUGAAGACAGCAUCAAUUGGAACUCUAGGAAGGACUCGGCCUCCAAUGCCAGUCGUGGUCCCAAGUGCCCCUGAAGUGCAGGAAACCACAAGGAUGCUUGAAGACACAGAAAGUAAUUACGAACCGGAUGAACUCACCAAAGAGAUGGCCCACCUGGAAGGACUAAUGAAGGACCUUAACGCCAUCACCACUGCGUGAUCGCCUUCCCCAAGGAAUGACUCCAAACCCCGGGCCUUGGGACUUCGCCUUGGAGCACAAGGAAAUGUAUAAAGACUAGGGGACAGCACAGAAGGAGACCUGCCCCACCGGCUGCAGCACCCUCGGGGGGUGUGUGUGUCCCCCUUCCGGUUAACCGAGUGGCUCUUCGAGUUCAUCGGCCUCGAAACGGAACAACCUCUCUGAAGGUUGUUGGGGAUUUCCGCUUCUCGCCGCGGUGCUGAUGCUGACAUGAACCAGGAGUGGGGCGACGUCUCAGGGGAUGAAAUCCAGCAUCCAGGCAAAAGUUAGCAUUCAUCGGAGGCAGC